CCUAUCCUCUUCUCUCUUUUUCUAAUUUAUUUAUUUUUUCAAAAAAUUAAAUAAACCAAAAAUGCCUAGUUCGUCAUCAAGAAGAUCAAGCGGCCCGGUUCUGAGAUCGCUGUCACCUUCCGGUAGAUUCUGCACAUCGUCUACUGCAAACUCUUACCUUUCAUCUUCGUCUUCGUCUUUUGCUUCUUCAACAAGUUCAAGCUUUUCUUCUCCUUCGUCAACUUUCUUUCGCCAUCACGACGACCAUCACCACCAUCACAGUCAUCACAGAUCCGCCUCUCCUACCCGUGUCAAUCUCUACACAAAUGCUUCUCUUUCUUCGUCUGCUGUUCGUUUCUCUAUUGGCAGAUCUAUUUCUCCUAACAGAUCGAUUUCUGUUGCGAAGAAAAACAAUCCAAUCUCCUUCCAGAAAAGAACGUGUAUGUGUUCGCCUACGACGCACCCUGGCUCGUUCCGCUGUAGCCUACAUAAGCACACUGGCGGCAACCACCACGGUCACGGUAACGGAUCCAUUUCUUAUGCGCCUAAUCGUUUGAAUAUGAGAAGAUCGGCGAUGACUCACUCACUGGUGAGGAUCGGUGGUGUUGAAGGAGAGUUGGUGAAAAGAUCGUUGAGAGAUUUGAUUCGUCCUUCUUCGCAUCAUCAGAAGAGACGCGAGGGGUUCCAGACAAGGCCGAGUCGACUUUCGAUUAUGUCCAAAGCUGACGACCUUUGAUAUUCGUCACAGGUUGGUUCUUGUUUUUGAUUUCUUUCAUCUCCAAUUCAGUCGAUUCAAGUCAACGUGGCUGGCGCGGACGGGAGACUUGAAGCGGUGGCUGAGUCAACUCGAGUGUGGGAGGUUUCCGGGACUGAGUCUACCGGGCAGAGUUUGUGUAUGCUGCGAGAUUGAAACCCUAGAUUUUUGUUGGGACACAUAGAUUGAAGAGAAAAUCCUUUGUACAUACUCUUUUACUAUGGAAGGAGAUAUUCGGACAUUAAAUUUCACUAGCUGAAAAUUAAACUCAA